GGGUGGCGCGCCUGUAGACCGUGUGUUUUGCUGCUCCGAGGCUUCUGCACAGAGAUGGCAAGACAACCGUAGCAGACUGGGGCCUAUACGGUUGGGCAUUUUACCGACAACCGUAACGUAAGAACCGCAUAGACGCAGAGAGUAGGAAAGGAGCGGAACAACGGACGAGAGGAACCAUGGGACACAGAGUGGGCUGAACCAGAGGGUAUAGCAGCGCACACCAGUUGUUUCCCACUGUGGUGUAUGACAUGGCCACGGCCUCUUCUAGAGCCGAGUCUAGCCAUAACCACAGAGGAACAUCACAGCUCCAUGCCAUUGUUUCCUGUGCCAAAAUCAAGAGGAAGAAAAGCCUGUUUGGGACUGCUAUUUAUGUGGAGGUGACAGCGGAGGGGGAGUCGCGGCGCACGACAAAGUCUCACAGCUCCUCCAGUCCUAAAUGGGAUGAGAGGCUCACUCUGAAUGUAACACCGCACACACAGGUGGAUUUCAAAGUAUGGAGUCACAACACCCUGAAGGCAGACGCUCUGAUGGGCAAAGCCACGCUGGACCUCAUUCUAGCCUUGGAGCAGCAUGACAGGAAAUUGGAGAAUGUGAAGGAGGUGCUGAAACUGAGCGUGGAGCAGAAGGGAGCUCUGGUUCACGCAGGGGAGCUGACUGUCUUCCUAGAUGGCCUGACUGUCUCUGGCCAGGAAGAACUGGCACCGCUUACCAACGGCAAUGCAGCAAAUGGCACCAAAGUCCAACAGAAUGGCGAUGCCAUCCAUGAAAAUGGAGACUCGUCAUCUUCUUCCUCGCGGGCUGCUAACAACACAGUGAAUGGUACAGACUUGGGCCCGAGGUCAAGUUCCUGUUCGGUCUCCAAUGGUGUGGAUGAACAGGAGCCUUCCAGCUCUGGCAGCCCCGCCCCCGGUUAUGUCAUCAAUGGAGACGCCACACCCAACUCCACCCCAGUCCACCAACCCUCAGACGGUGACACAGAGAGUAGGACGGUCAAUGGGGAGUCCUGUGACACCUCGCUUGGGCCGUCACCUCCUUCAACAGGUGAAGUGCUGCCCCCUGCAGAAGACCACGAGGACUGCAAUCAAGACACCGCCCUGCCAGACCCCGACACAGCACCAGAUAGCACACCUCCAACCCUGCCAACCUCCACACAGGCUCCAGCCUCCUCUUCUCCUGCUAAGCCUAUUGAUGGCACUGCUGCCGCGUCCUCCACAUCUGCCCCCCCAGCACAGGGGGCCCAGACCAUCACAACCUCCUCAUCAUCGUCCUCCUCCCCCCCAGCAAUAGAAGAAGCGAAUGCUUCAGGCGGCGGCGGUAGCGGCGGUAGCAGUGCAACUGCAACCACAGAUGGGGCCAAGCCCAGGCAGCAGGCCCCCAACGCUGGAGCCGCAGACCCUCUGCCGCCGGGGUGGGAACAGCGUAAAGACCCGCAUGGGAGAACGUAUUAUGUAGACCACAACACCAGAACUACGACCUGGGAAAGACCACAGCCGCUACCACCAGGUUGGGAGCGUAGAGUGGAUGACCGGGGCAGGAUCUAUUACGUGGACCACAACACCCGCACCACCACAUGGCAGCGUCCCACUAUGGAAUCGGUCCGCAACUUUGAGCAGUGGCAGAGCCAGCGCAGCCAGCUGCAGGGAGCUAUGCACCAGUUUAACCAGCGAUACCUCUACUCUGCGUCCAUGAUGUCGGCUGAGAAUGAUCCUCUCGGCCCGCUCCCUCCUGGAUGGGAGAGACGUGUGGACUCCAAUGACCGAGUGUACUUUGUCAACCAUAACACCAAGACGACGCAGUGGGAAGACCCCCGAACCCAAGGGCUACAGAAUGAAGAUCCUCUCCCCGAAGGUUGGGAGAUCCGGUACACAAGGGAAGGAGUUCGCUACUUUGUGGAUCACAACACCCGAACCACCACUUUCAGCGAUCCCCGCACCGGAAAGUCCUCUGUCACCAAAGGCCCUCAGAUUGCCUAUGAGCGCAGCUUUCGAUGGAAGCUUGCCCAUUUCCGCUACUUGUGCCAGUCCAAUGCUCUCCCUAGCCAUGUGAAGAUCACCGUCUCCAGACAGACGUUGUUUGAAGACUCUUUCCAGCAAAUUAUGGCCCUGAAGCCAUACGACUUGAGGAGGAGACUCUACGUUAUCUUCAGAGGCGAGGAGGGUCUAGACUAUGGUGGCUUAGCCCGAGAAUGGUUCUUCUUGUUGUCCCAUGAAGUGCUGAACCCCAUGUACUGUCUGUUUGAGUAUGCCGGCAAGAGCAACUACUGUCUGCAGAUCAACCCAGCCUCUGCUAUCAACCCGGACCACCUCUCCUACUUCUGCUUCAUAGGCCGCUUCAUUGCAAUGGCACUUUUCCACGGCAAGUUUAUCGACACAGGCUUCUCUCUGCCUUUCUACAAACGCAUGCUGAACAAGAAGCUAAUACUCAAAGACCUGGAGUCCAUCGACCCAGAGUUCUACAACUCACUGAUAUGGAUAAGGGACAACAACAUUGAAGAGUGUGGUCUGGAGAUGUACUUCUCAGUGGACAUGGAGAUCCUGGGGAAGAUCACUUCUCAUGACCUGAAACCUGAUGGCACCAAUGUUCUGGUCACUGAGGAGAACAAGGAGGAGUAUAUCAGUCUCAUGGCAGAGUGGAGGUUCUCCCGCGGGGUGGAAGGUCAGACCAAAGCUUUCCUGGACGGCUUCAACGAGGUGGUCCCACUUCAGUGGCUCCAGUACUUUGAUGAGAAGGAGCUCGAGGUGAUGCUCUGUGGAAUGCAGGAGGUAGACCUUCAGGACUGGCAGAGGAACACGGUGUACCGCCACUAUACAAGAAACAGCAAACAGAUCAUCUGGUUCUGGCAGCUGGUGAAAGAAGUGGACAACGAAGUGCGACUGCGGCUCAUGCAGUUUGUCACUGGAACCUGCAGGCUUCCUCUGGGCGGCUUUGCUGAACUCAUGGGAAGUAACGGGCCCCAGAAGUUCUGCAUUGAGAAGGUGGGGAAGGACACAUGGCUUCCUCGGAGCCACACAUGUUUCAACCGCCUGGACUUGCCUCCUUACAAGAGUUUCGACCAGCUGAAAGAGAAGCUGCUCUUUGCCAUCGAGGAAACCGAAGGAUUUGGCCAAGAAUAGACGGAGGACUCUUGUUUUUCUCUCCCUCCCCACAUCGCUGUUUAUUCAGCCAAGUUAAACAAACAAAACAAAAAAAGAAUUGCACAAGAUAACCACCAAUGUAUAUAAGCUAUUUUGUCAUUUUAAACCAAAUCUUAAUUUGCAGCAUCGUUUUUGCCGCAAUCCUGUUCCCCAGCCCUUAAAUAUUAUAUGAUACCCCAUCAUGAAAUAUGCAAGCAUUUCAGCAUUUUUGCUCCUCUGUUUAAAACAGAAAUCAUGGGAUAUUUUUUUAAUGUCCUCCCCUCUGCUGACUGGCUUUUUAAAAGAGACUGAAAGUGUUUUUGAGAGGAUUUUAUAGUUAAAGCGCGAUCUUCUUUUAAGGCUCUAGUUCUAUAGAGCUACUAAAUGGCAAGAGUAGUUUUGGGGUUUGGUGCCUGAAUUUUUUUUAAAUUUUUUUUCCCCAUUGGACUCAUAGUAAUUGUUGCAAUUUUUGCGUGCUUGCAUGGCUGCCUCUGAAGAUGAGAAGACUGCUGUGACCACCCUCUACCCCCACCUAUACUAAACACACACAAAGACAUUUUAGCUCUGUCUCUUAAUGAGCUGUCUUACCAUUAUCAUCAGACAGGAUGAAAGGAUGAUCCGAAGCAGAGGAUAACCCUCUCGUACAUCUGGACAGCCCUGAGUAAGAAGCAUCGUCGGAUCCUCUCGUGAAUAACGGCGCGAGUUAGGAAAACAGACGGUCAUGAAGUCCGUGGAGAAAUGCUACGAGAUCAAAAGGCAAAUGGGGAAUCAAGAAAAAGACUCUAAAUCGAAAUGUGUGAAUUGGUUGUGUGGUGGCAGUUGGGCCUGAUAUUCAUAGUUCAGAUGUUUAAGCCAGGGACACUGGACAUGUUCCAGGCCACUAUGACUGCAGCCCACCGCUUCAGUUUAAGUGAGAUACACACCAGGACGACACACUCACAGUUUUCAUUUAAAGUUUGAGCGGUUUGGAUAAUUGCCACAACAUAAGAGACAAAGUACAGACUCUGUGUUCUCUGCUGAUUCUCUUUUGCCUUUCUGAAUUUCAGUCUCGGGCCGUAAAGUUUCCGAUGAAGCCGCCGUGGUUUACAGAGCAACAGGCAUGAAUGAUAAUGCUUAUUUGAUAACAUAAAGAUCACAUUUAUUUAAAUCCCUCAGUCAUAGGUAUCACAAUAGACAAAUCCCCCUGCAGGGCAUCUUGCCAAAAACAUCAUAUGAUACAAGACAGCAUGUGAUAUUUGGCUGUCUUGUGUUGUCAAAAAGACACCCCCGUUCACGUGAAAGUUCAUUUGUACAUGUACUGGAAGCAGCUGUUUUCAGCUUCUCACUUAUUACCAACCACGAUAAUUACAACAGAAGCCUCCGAGGCAUACAGAUCCCAGCAUUGUUGCAAAAUGGCAGUAAAUGUCCUUCAAAGUUC